CUUGUGAUUUCUCCACCUCGAGUAAGCUGUUCUUAGCCCCGUCUUCUAAACACCUUCCUCCCUCGCUCGCUCUCUCUCGCUCUGUCACACUCGUUCUGUCGAUUGUUUGGAAAUUGGCGCAGAGAGACAUUCAGCGUGCGAUUGCGGAGGAGAGAAGAGAAAAUGGAGGAUGACGGUGUUCCACUUCUUCAACUGCGCCAUCCUCACCUUCGGCCCUCAUGCCGUCUACUUCUCCGCCACUCCUCUAUCAGAGUAUGAUACUAUUGAAACUUCUUUCAAAGCUGCUGCUGUUUAUCUUGGAACAGCAUUAGUGAAGCUUGUUUGCCUGGCAACUUUUCUCAAAGUAUCUGAGAAUGACAGUUUUGAUUCAUGUCAGUUGACAUAUAUGCUUGCCAGCAUGCUUGUGAAUAUAAUAAAAAAGUCGCUGGAUCUUGCAACUAUUUGAGAAGAGCUUUGGGAUGACAGCCUUCAAAGUUGGUGGGCUUUUACAUCAAAAAAGAAAAAAGAUAGUGGGCUUUGAAUUAUUCUCCUCUUUGAUGAUGGCUUUCAUCAGUUGGCAGCUUUUUUUAUGCUUGUCAGAGACCAGCCUAACAAAUGGAGAUUGCCACCAGUUCAGUUAUUUGGUCAGGGAAGGGUUACCCACGUCCUUUGAUUCUAUGUACCCAAAAACAAAGCCAAAGAAACUUGUCAUGCUUGCAGCAUCUUGGCCUGCUCUCUGAUUGAAGCAUAUGCUCUUCUUUUUUUUUGGUACAAAGCAUGUGUUUUUUAUAUUAAUUUAAUUUCUCUGCUCCAGCUGAGUACAAAUGGAGCAAGCUCAGCCUCUUGUACUUUCAGAACUCUUGCACUGUCAUUUAAGUCACUUUUGAUUGUAAGUUUUGAGCUAAGCUGACUGGGUGAAGUAAAAUUAUCAGGUAUACCCACAGCAAUGUUAUAAUCAUUUACCUGCACCUCCAGUUGUGAAGGUUCUUCUAAUUUGUGGUUUUAUGCCAAUUUUUCCCCCAUUAAUGAGAGCCUAUCCUUUUUUGAUCUGCUUGCUUAUUAUUAGAAUCUGCUGACAAGGUUUAGUCUGAGCACUCUACAGAAGGUUGGUAUGUUGAUGGAAUCUCAUUGCCCCAUAAUUUGAAAUAUAUUUUUUAUGAGACCUCGCUGUGAAGUCCUCAUUGAAUUUGAUCAGCAUUUUAAAUCAUGUCCUCCACGGAUCCAAGUUGGUUUCGGAAAAAACAAAAAAAUACAAAAACUUAUCCGAAAUUUAUGUUUGUUACACUUAUAUUCAAUAGUAUGUAAAAUCUAUACUUACAUCCGAUUAAAGAAAUGGAUGGCCAAAGGCUGUUGGUUGCAUAGUCUGUUGUGAGGUCAGAAUACCAUCAAGCCCUGCUGCUAUCAUCUGUGAUUAGCUUUAAAAAUCAUUACUUGCUAAUGAACUUUAUCAACAUUGUCAAGAUGAUCAGACAGAAGUGGCAUUAAGUGAGCAAAUUAGUCAUAAAACGAGCUUAUUUAAUUUCAUAUAUCGUUUAAUGAAUGAAUAUGAAGUAACAGUGCAACCUGUAAUAAAAAUAAAAAUAAACACCAUCUUAAACAACUUUAACAUGAUUUUUUUUUUUUUUUUCUGAUGAUGGCAUCAUUAACAUGUUUCUCUGAAACAGCCGUUCUCUUGAAAACACAGAAUUGAAACAUUGCACUGAUCAAUAUAAACUGCUUUUAAUCAAAUAUCAAUCUUUCAACCAAUAUUCAAUUCAUCAUUCGGCCCCAAAUAUCCAAA